UUCGUUGAGUACUUGAUUCGAGGUUCUUUGUCUUGGACAAUGAUACAUAAAGGCCAACACAUGAGCACAACGUGAACCAAACCAAAAGUUAUCCAAAUACAAAGAGAAAGAUGGAGAGUUCAAUGAGACUUGGAUACUUGAUGACUGUAUUUGCUAUGUCAGGAAGCAUCGUCCUUUUGUUUUAUCAAGUCAAUAAGCAUUUGUGCAACAACUUCGUGAAGAAAUUUGAGUUUGAAAUUCGAGGCUCAAUGAAACACCAAACAAAAAAGAAGGUGCAAUUUGCAAAAGAUGUGAUGGAAAUUCCAAUGGAGGAGAAAAGUGAUCGUAUAAAUGUAGCAAGGACUCAGCAGGUCAUUGAUAAGGUUUUGUUUAUAGAUGAUGUUAUGAAAUCAAAACAUGAACAGAAAUUGAAAGAUGCCAUGCCUCCUAAUAGGGCAAUUCUAUAUAGAGGGAUUAUGAAUGAUAGGAAAGGGAGACUUGGUUUUUAAUUAGCAGGUUGUGGAUCCACAAAUGAACAUUAUAUAUGUAGGGAUCCAUGUACUAUUUAAUGUUUUGAAAUAAUCUCAUAAAUAAGAUGUUCAUUGAGAGAGAUAUUGAUUGUAUUAAGCAAAUUACUUUUUUUUCUAUUUCUUUUUUCCUUUUUAUAGA